GGAGUACUCCCACAAUGUAUGUCCAUAACUACUACAAAAACUGCAAGUGAAAAACAUAAUUUACUUCAGUUUUUAAUCACUUCUAUUUGAGCAGAACAGUGCAAUAAAAUGGACACCAGUAGCAAAACAGAGCUUACAAUGGAGCCUCCGGCCUAUGGAUUUGUUCAGAAUACAAAAAAUAAGAAGACAGUCAUAAUUGCUUGUACAGCAGUUGCCUUGGUACUGAUUGGAGUGAUUGCCAUACUGAUUGGUGUUUUUGUUACUCAAAAACACUACGAAAAUAUUUUUCAGCAGACUAUAACCGGCUUGAAUGGUGAAAAAACGAAUCAGACUGUUACUGUUAACAGCAAAGAAAAUGUGGCAACAUUUUAUUCGAAAAGAGGAAAUGUAUCAGCUACAAUUGUGUACGACUACAAUCGUGAACUCUUUGCCUACAAAGGCAGCAACAGAGAUUUGUGCCUUGUGAUGAAGUGGGAUAGUGCCACAUUUCCAAGCCUUGAUGAAAUUAUUGAUGGAGUUCAGAAUGCAGAGGUCUCAAAUGUAGAUGAUGACAAAAAGACAACGAUCACUGCAACAUCAACUAGAAUUGUGGACACUUCUGUUCUAGGACCAACCAUAAAAGCUUUAUGUGGCAGUAAUCCCAUCUUCUGGGCUGAAAAAGGAAAUGGACAAGGGCGUUCAACAUACUUGUGCUAUUAUUGGCUUUAUUAUUACAAAGGAUAUUAUUAUCUAUACUAUAUCUGUUAUACUGUAUAGCAGACUGUAUUCAAACAUGGCUGAAGUAUUUUCUUAAUUAAAUAUUUGUAUAUCACUUGCAAAAUCUCAAUAUUACUGAAAAGUGUAACACAGAUAUAUUAUGCUGCAGAUUGCAACACAUAUAAUGCAUUUGUUGUAAUCUGUCAUAGAGACAUAUUAUUAUAGCACCUAUGGAUGGUACUGAGUUGUUCAUAGUUAAUAUUAUAAUGUAGCCUAUUCUGCUCUUGACACCUAGAAGAUAACUAGUCUAUGCUGUAUUCGAUUCACUGGUAUGGAAUCUGCUAUAGCUGCUUUCACUUUAGACAAGUGGUUCAAACACGUUGCAUGGGUCAUCUCCCUUUUCUUAUUGAGAGACUGUCACUCACAUUAUACAAGUCUGACAGUUUGUCUGUGUGGAACGAAUAAGACCAUUCCAAGAUGGCAGACAGCAGAAAAGGAUGUUGGGAUGAAAUAAGCCUGCAGUGAGUCAAGCUUCCAAGCAUUCAUUUAAAUACAUUAUAUGUGCAUACCAUGUGUUAAUGGACAAAAUGGGGACUCAUUUUGCAUUUCCAAUUCUCUGGACUCCACUAGAGGAUGGUUUUAACUGGAUGGAAAAUGUACCCAUUCAGCACUUGCACCUAUACCAGAUAAAAAAAUAAAGCACUAUAAUGUAUAGUUUGUUACUGUAUGUCUUUGUCAUUGAUGCUUUCUUAUGUACACAUUACUAAAUACAUAUUCAAUUUUAAAGCUAAAAAAACUAUUAUUAAAGGUGGUUACAUUAAAAUUGAAUAUUAGUGGGUCUGAUGUCAUUGUGUUCUGUUACUCUGACUUCUGACAAUUUGUUAGAGAACUGUAACCAAUAGAACAUUUUUAUCUUUUUGGUAUUAAAAAUUUUAUCAUGUAUUAAAUUCAUACACUUAUUAUGUAAUUAGUUUUGCAGUUACUUAGGAUGUUUUACUAAAAUAAUAAAUGUGUUAUUUGUGAGAGGUAA